GACGCAGAGUGAGGGACAGUAUGGUUCGCGUUAACCCGAGGGCGGUUGCCCUCAGAGCCAUGUCGCAGAGGCUGCACAGAAGGUCCUACUGUGUCACUGGUCCAAAUUCUUUAUGGCACCUGGAUGGAAACCACAAACUGAUAAGGUGGAGGAUAGUCAUCCACGGUGGCAUUGAUGGCUACAGUCGCCUUGUUGUGUUUCUCCGUGCUUCCAGCAACAAUCGCAGCAGUACUGUAAUGGACUGCUUCAUGAAAGCAGUGACCAGAUAUGGUGUUCCGUCCAGGGUCAGAACAGACCACGGAGGAGAAAACAACGCUGUCUGUUUAUUCAUGAACAUUUUCCGAGGGUCUGGUAGAGGCAGUGCUUUGAGGGGAAGGAGCACACACAAUCAGAGGAUUGAGAAACUGUGGCGUGGCCUGACCAAUGUCUACUACCAUCUGUUCAAUUUCCUUGAGAGUGAGGGGAUUGUGGACAUUGACAAUGAAAUGCAUGUCUGGGCUCUGCAUUAUGUGUAUCUCCCUAGAAUAAAUAGAGACAUGGCAGACUUUUGCCAGCAGUGGAACCACCAUGGUUUGAGGACUGAGAGGCACCAGUCCCCUCUGCAGAUCUUCGUUAGAACCUGCCUUGCACAACAGAGGCUACCUACUACUGCAAUGCAAGACCUCUUUGCUGCCACACCCACAGGAGGUGAAAGGGCAGACAGCACUGUACCCAGAGGUAUGGGCGGGGCGGCUCAGGGCGGGGCGGCUCAGGGCGGGGCGGCUCAGGGCGGGGCGGCAGGGACACCUGUUGUUCACUGGCCAGAGAGAGUGACCAUACCUCCAAACCAGUUUACUUUGGGAAAUGCUCUCAUGCAAGUACUUGCCGCACAAAUCAAUCCCCUCGGAGGCCUCAGAACAGCCCUUGGAAUGGACAUCCUGCAAGAGGUCAUUUCUUUCCUGGAGUCCUCAAAUGACCAAUAAGAUUUUGGACUUUCAGACAUGGAAUACGAAAUGAGAAUUAUAUUUGCACUGCCAGUUGCACUGCUACUUACUUUACUCUGUAAACGUUUUUUUUUUGCUUUUUGUCUUUUAUUGACCUUUUUGAUGUUUCAUCAACUGGUGCCAAGUUGUUGACCAGU